AUGGACAGGAACGCUUUCAGACGUCCGCAAACAACCUCGCAGUGGCUGGAUCUCGUCGCAAUCUCACUCUCGGGUGUCGGCAAUCUGCCACGAACAACCGCAACCCCAUUUACAGGCAUAAGCGAUGUAGAAGCUGGCCAGGUAAGUAACAUGCUUUGCAGGCUGAUGCAGACCUCGGUCUACAUCCUACCAUUCUGUGUCGUUCGUGGGAUUCGAAGUCGCCGACAAACCGGACCGCAGCAAAUAUACUUUCUCCAGAUUCGGCGCAUUCGACUCGAGGACGGGCAGGUUUUGCACGUCAGAGGCGCGAUCUGA